GAUGGCAGUAAUGCAACACCAAGGAUGCAAGCUGUCGUCAAAAGUCGAAGGAGGCGAAGAAGAAGAAGCAGAAAUGCGCAUGCGUAGCUGUGGUUUACACGUGAACCCGACAGCAUGGCUGAGGAAAGACAACUCGUGUUGGACCGGGCACAGGUGAAAAAGGCCGUCCAAGCCUUGCAGGCUUUCCUGAAAACCAAGUCGACCCGUGACUCCCUGCUCCUGGACGACACUCAGCCGAUCAGUGUGCUUUUCACCCUCUGGAAGAUCCCCAGAAAGGCACAGACCAUCCGCAUUCCCUUGCCCCAUGGCCAGCGGACUGACACAGAUGAGAUUUGCCUCUUCACCAGAGAUGAGCCCAAAAUGACCGGAGAACAAACCCAGAGGUUUUAUAAGAAGCUGCUGGAGGAGAGAGGAGUCAAAAACAUCUCUGAGAUCAUCCCGUACAAGGUCCUGAAGACGGAGUACAAACCGUAUGAAGCCAAGCGCCGUCUGCUGGGUAACUUUGACAUGUUCCUCUCUGAUGACCGUAUCCGCCGCCUGCUGCCCUCCCACCUUGGAAAACAUUUCUACCAGAGAAAGAAAGAGCCGCUGUGUGUGAACCUGGAGAGCAAACACCUGGCCAGAGACGUCCAGCGUGUCAUCCAGGGCACCAGCUUGAAAGUUACCAACAAGGGCUGCUGCUGCAUGGCACGUGUUGCCCACUCUGGCAUGACUGCAGAUGAAGUGACAGAAAACAUCGAGGCUGCCGUCCAAACAGUGGUGGCCAAAAUACAGAUGAAAGAACCAGUGAUGAAGAUCAUCCACAUAAAGAGUCAAACAUCAGUGGCCCUGCCCAUCUACACUUCGGGUCUUGGCCACCUUAGUGUGCAGCAGGAGGCAAAGAAGCCUGCUCAGACUCCAGAGAAAAAGGGAGCCACAGCCAAAAAACAGGCAAAGAAGGCAAAGGCAGAGGAAACAAAGCAGACGGCUCCCACUGUGGAGGGGGAGGAGAGAAAGGUGGAGGAGAAGGAGGAAGAAGAGGACGAAGAAAUCCCACAGCUGGUUCCUAUAGCGACACCGAGCAAAAAGCCUAAACUGGAGAAGUCAUCCAAAAAGCAGCAGCUGAAGAAAGCACCCAAGCCUGCUGUUGCCAAGAGGGGAAAUAAAGCGCCAAGCAAACGAACCAAGAAGGCAGGCAAGACGGACUCCAAAAUAAAAAGAAAAGCGCCUAAAGUGAAAUGAUUUGCACAUUACCCAACAUGGACCUUUUUACACAGGACACAGGACCAGAUUGUUCACUGAUUGGCCAAAAUACUCAGCCUGUUUUGUUUUGUUUUUUUUUGUUUGUUUGUUAUAAUCGUAGAUUAUAAAAGCAGUUAACUGAAA